AUGGAUUCGUACUCAAACGAGAAUACCGUGGAUUUUAAUAUCCAGCAGCAACCUUCCGGGUCCGGCCCAGAGCAAAUCGGCAUAGCGGAAUUGUCACUUGUCAAGCAACCCUCCGGGUCCGUCUCAGAGUGUAGUACUGCUGACUUUCAAGACGUUUAUGAAUUUGACGUCGUCCCUGAUGAAGAACUCCAACGAUUUCAGUAUAACAAUGGCAAACUUUAUAUCCGCCCAGACAUCGAGUUCCACGUUAAUGUUACGGUAAAAAAUAUGGGAGAGAAACCAAUGUACCUAUGUGCAUUUAUUGACUCACCAUACCAGACGCCGGUCCUGAAACACAAUAAGACCUGCCAGAAUCUUCUAUCAGGCAAUACUGAACAAAUGCUAAGUUUACAUUCCUGCGAUACCAAUACUGAGAGCGUUCACAAUGAUGACACUGGAUCGAUGAAUGCCAUAUUAAGACAUGUUUCCACCAAAUUGGAACCUAGUAAAAUUAAACCGUUUUAUGGAUACAAUAUUGUAUAUGAGAAUAAUACAUGCAAAUCGGGAGGUUAUGUAGUGGGUCAAAAAAAAUUGCAAGUAGUAUUGACCUCUAAACCGCGCAAUGCUAUACUACACGCCAUUAAUAACAAUGGUAACAAUGGAUCACAAUCUACUGAAGGAAGUGGUCAAACAAAGACAGUUAAAAACAAAAGGAAAAUUGUUGAGUCCAAACAAGACAUGGAGGACUCCAAUGAUUCAGAUAUACCCCUAGCUGUAUUAAGAAAAAAGAAGAAGGAAGAUAACAAUAACCAGAUCUACAUAGUGCCUUCGAUUUAUGUCAAAAACCGAUUAUUGUUUCAUAAACUGAUUAAGACGAAUAUCAACGAGAUAAAAUCGCACUUAGCUCAAAAUAACGAAGAAGAUGCUGAACAUUUAAAUGCGAACAUUGCUGUGCUGGAACACGGGCUCAGUUCAGUUUAG